CUCUGGGUCACUAGUUUAUCAUUAACUAGAUCUGAACCAGUCACAUACAGGUCCUCUUUUACUCCAUGUGGGUUUGACUACAACUGCUUAGAAGUCAAUUUAGACGGUUACGUUUUUGUUUUUUGUUUUUUAAUUUUGCCGGAGCGCAUUCUCCUGCCAAAAGAGCUUUUAUCUUUUUGGUUAAUUUACGUGUUUUUGCUCUGAUGUCUGGCAACCCGGCGGACAGAAGGCUAAGGUCCUCCAGCUGAUCACAGUAAACAGCUGAUGACAGACUGCUGAAGGUGUUUGUGACUGCCAUGCCAAAGCCUGGAUGACCUGAGGGACUCUCUGAUAACCGGAUCCAGACCUCCAGCUCCUUAUGGCUGUAUAUGAUGAGAACAUCCUGAAGAAUCCUUUCUACUUGGCUUUGGAGAAGCAGAGACCAGACCUCUGCAGCCGAGUGGCAGAGCUCCAUGGCAUCGUUCUGGUGCCUUGUUGUGGAAGUUUGACUGUCAGCAGCUUCUCAGACUCUCAGUUUGACAGCUACGUCCUUCAGCCCACAGAGGACGGAUACCAGACUACAGAUGGAAAGGAUGUUCGGAUCCAGGACAGGCAGGUCCUGCUGGGAUCCAGCUUCCCAUCUUCAGCAGCGGUCCCCAUCUUGUUUGAGGAAACCUUCUACAAUGACCAGGAGCAGAGCUACAGCAUCUUGUGCAUCUCCAGGCCCAUGGAGGAGGAGCCAAGUUCAGCUGAGCUCAGUCCGCCGCCGCCAUACUGCCUGAAGAGUGUGGAGGAAGUCAGGGAAUUUCUUGGCCGCCACGCGCAGAAACUAGACAAGUUCAUCCAUGGUUUCUGCCAGGCCUUUAAAGAGCAGGAGAGGAAGGGACUCCGACAUCACAUUGACUCGGUGAAUGGUCUCUACACUAAAUGUCUUCAGUGUCUGUUGAGAGACUCUCGCCUGAAAGUACUGGCGAAGCAGGAACUUCAGAUGACUCUUCUCAAACAGGCGGUGGAGAUGUAUAUUCAUCAUGGUAUCCAUGAUCUAAUCUUUAACUUUGUGGGAACGCUAGAAGCCAGCCAGGAUGCUGCUUUCAACAAAAUCACCAGGAGUCUACAGGAGCUGCAGCAGAAAGACCUGGGAGUCAAACCAGAGUUCAGUAUAAAUUUGUCUCGAGCCAAGAGAGAGCUGAGUCAGCUCAACCAGCAAACCUCCCCCCUCCUCAAACUGCUCUGCCUGCGUAGAGUCGCCCUGACUGCCACUCAGACCCCUAAACGCACCGGUGAGCACUUCAGUAUAGAGGCUGUAUCUGCAGACGACCUGCUCUCUGUCAUUCUUUAUCUGCUGGUCAAGACGGAAAUCCCCAACUGGAUGGCGAACCUGAGCUACAUCAGGAACUUCUGCUUCAGUCACUCCAGUAAGGAUGAGCUGAGCUAUUGUCUGAGCACCUUCGAGGCUGCAGUGGAGUACAUCAACCUGGGGAAGCUGCAGGACACACACUCUGGCACGGGUGAGCUGAACGACAAAGCACUGUUCAGAGAGAGGAUGAGUCUGCUGGCUCAGAGCGCUGCCACGCCCAUCCACUGUCUGUUUGAGCACAUCGCAAAUGGAAAUGAGGCAGAGGUUGAACGUCUGCUGAGUGACGGGGAGAGUGAUGAGGACAUCCGGAUGUGUCACCCCCUCUGCUCCUGUGACCUCUGUGACCUCCAGAUGUCUGGGAAGUUAAACGACCCGUCUAUCGUCACACCGUUCUCCAGAGAUGAUCGUGGUUAUACUCCAUUGCACGUCGCUGCUAUUUGUGGUCAGGCGCAGCUCAUUGACCUGCUGGUGCAUAAAGGAGCUCCUGUAAACGCCACAGACUACCACGCCCUCACACCGCUGCACCUGGCCUGUCAACGGGGAUACCAGGGAGUCACGCUGCUUCUGCUGCACUACAAGGCCAACACAGAUGCUCAGGAUAACAAUGGCAACACGCCGCUGCACCUCGCCUGCAUGUACGGACAUGAGGACUGUGUGAAGGCUCUGGUUUAUUACGAUGUCCAGACGUGCCGCCUGGACCUGCAGAACGACAAAGGUGACACAGCGCUGCACAUGGCGGCCCGUUGGGGUUACGAGGGAAUAAUCCAGGUGCUGCUGGAGAACGGUGCGAGUACCGACAUCCUCAACAAGAACAAGGACUCCCCUCUGCAGUGUGCACUCAACUCCAAGAUCCUCGUGUUGUUGCAGUCAAGUCAGAAUGGAUGUCAACACAAAGGCAGUGGUUUUGAUUCUCCCAGUCGCUCCCCUCAGGCCUCAGAUUGCAGCAGCCGUCGCUCGUCCAUCUCCAGCACGUCCUCCCUGGGCUCCGAGGCCAAACCAGAGGGAGAGCGAGUUAGGCACAGAGAGGUAGAGAAACUUCUACGUGCCGUGGCAGAUGGAGAUGUGGAGAUGGUGCGUUACCUGCUGGAGUGGAUGGAUGAAGAGGAUGAGGAUGAAGGAGAGAUCCGGUCUGAGGCUGUGCUUUGCCAUCCGCUGUGUCAGUGUCCAAACUGUGCUCCCACCCAGAAGCUGUCUGUCCUGCAGGCUGGAGCUCUCAAUGUAAACAGCAGUAAUAUUGACGGUUUCACGCCUCUCCAUGUCGCCGCCUUACACGGCCACUCUGCCCUGGUCUCUCUGCUAAUACGCCACGGCGCUAACGUCAACGCACGCACAAACCAGAGCGCCACACCGCUCCACCUGGCCAGCCAAAACAGCCACAUCCAGGUGGUAAGGUUUCUGCUGGAGUGCAAUGCCAAACUCAACAAAAAGGAUCAAUAUGGGAACACACCUCUAAUACAGGCCUGUCUCCGUGGAAACCUGGAGACGGCCACCACCUUGUUACAGAGCAACGCACUGGUGAAUGUAGCAAACCAUCAAGGGAACACGGCGCUGCAUGAGGCGGUGCGUGGAGGACACCAGCUGCUGGUGGAGGCGCUGCUGAGGGGCGGAGCCUCACCUGGUCUGAGGAACAAGAGGCAGAGGACUCCACUGGACUGUGCAUAUGAACUGGGCGGCAAGAACACAGAGAUCCUGAGAGCUCUGCAGAAAGCAUCUGGACUUUCCCCUGAUGCUGAACCAAUCAAACUGCUCUCUGUGCCCAAAGGAGCUCUGGCUCAUUCGUUUGUUCAGCGUCUGCGGCUGCAGGAUCACGCCAACGGCAGGAAACAGAAACUGGCUCAGUCCAUCAGCAGGAUUCAUCAGAUGAAGAAAGGAUCCUCUGGUUCCUCACCUGUCCGUUCACCAAACCUCAACCAGGUGAAUUCAGACAGGAGGAGAUUACGCCGAGGAGAGACAGUGGAGGUCAGCUGCCCUUCAGGAAACCAGGAGGGAGGGCCCCGGCUCAGAGAGCGGCCCCUGGGUCGCUGUCACACUCUGGACUCUGGAGAAACCACAGCAGAGCAGCAGGAGCCCACUCCCACUCCCACAGACACUUUAAAAACUGAUCAGACAGAUGAAACGCACAAUCUGGAUGUGAGUGACGACACACAGAACCAGGAUUUAGAUGAAACGCAGCCUGACUCCAGCGUAGCACAGACUUCUGACGGGUCUAAUUCCAGUACCGUUAGCUUGAACUCGCUGCACUCACGAGCUGACGGCGCCGUCGAAUCCGCCCUCGCCGACGCGCUGAACGAUGACUCCGCGUCGAUUGACCUGUCUGACACCAGCAGCCCCGGUCUACAGCCGCUGAACGGAGAAGCAGACGACGGUGAGACUCAUGUCCAGGAGAUAGAAAACACAAACGGAGACUCGUGUCCUCCUCGUCCCACCGACCUCCACAUCCCCAACUACACCGAUGGAGACGAUCAGAGCAACUCCAACUCCCCACAAGACACCUGUCCAGGGUUAACUAACUGAAGCAGAAGGGUUUCGUAGACGUCUGUGUGCGGGAUGAGGUCAGAUUUUGGAGCUCGUGUAAAGAAACUGCUCAGUUUUUGGGCAUUUUCAAACCUCGAAGUGUGACUGACUCAAACUCUGACCAGUAGAACCAUGACUCUUUUGGGAAGGUGAUUCCAGAAGUUUUACAAAUGAACCGUGAAGCGUUCGUCUGUGGCAGGAACAGGAUCUAAACAGCUCCCAUAGUCAGGUUAGAUGCAAAAGAGAUUUAUAAGAUCAACUUCAGAAGUAGGGUGUAGAAUGCAUCAUAGUCUAGAAAUGAAACGUGUUGUUUUCUGGAUCACUGGACUAGAUAGACGAAUUUUUGGGUUUUUUUUUUCAGGGUUGCUGCCUGUUAUUAAUAAUCAAAGAGCUGGGUUAACAAUACGUGGAAGCGAUGUAGUAAGAAUUAAAACCUUGCAGGGAAAAUUGUAAUAAAUGGUUAAAAAAAAAAACAAGAGAGAAGAGGCAGCACCAGAUCCAAAUUAUUGUAUUUAAAAUUUAAAUUAAUUUAGCAGAUUAAAAAAAAACAAACUUGGACUCAUGUAGGCAGAGAAGACCUUCUUUUCACUCCAGCGAUAUGAGGAGAAAAUGAUCAUCUGAUGUUUCAGUUGUUAUUUAAUGAAUACGCCAAUAUGAAAACACCGUUGAUCAGGACCAAGAGCAAACAGUCACGUUGUAAACUGCCUGUAGACGUUACAAAAACAGCAAAACUCAAUGUUUCUCAAAAAGGACAAAACAAAAGCACAUCAUCCAAACAGUGAAGCACAAAACCGAAUCUGAAUCGACCAGAGCUGAUCAUUCUGACUCAAAUAAGAAAAUACACCGAAAAGUGGAAUUUCAGGGUCUGUCAUUUCAAAACACUACUGGUCAAAGAUGUUUUGUGUAACAAAAAACAUUGCAGGCAAUGUAAUGUCAAAUUAUGCUCUUUAAGAACCAGUUUAUAACAUGUAGGGGAUAUUUGUAAAUAUUACAGUGGAUAUUAUUUACCACUAAUAUUUUUGAAAAGGAGGAAAAUUUGCUGGAGUUAACAAAAAGCAAGCUAGGAUAACCACUCAAAACAAAACAAAAAACGCUAAUACAAGACCCACACUGGGUUGAAUUACACUUUACCUACAUGGUUAAGGGAUAAUUUGCUGCGUUGUGUUAAAUCCUCAGUCCUGUUUCAACUAAUUAAGAAGUCUGAUGACAGAUUGUACUAAAAUAUCACUUCAUGUGUGCUUAAAAUCCUCAUAUUAGCAGUAAGAGAUUAACACUUUUUUUUUUCCAGUUUAGACCCUCUCGUCUGCCGAUACCUGUAAGCUCCUCCCCCUUUCCUCACCUGAGUAUGAAGCACUUUUAUUUUCUAGCCUUCAAAAAAAAAAAAAAGGGAUGCAAACUGACUUCAGCCUCAU